AUGGAUGACCUCAUACCCAAGCUUCUCACCUUUCCGCCAGUUCCUUCUCCAGCAGAACCACUGUCAGAUUAUCAGUAUGACCAGUCAAUACGAGCAAUCUCCCAACUUCUCACAUCUGCACCACCUGGGAAGCUUGGGUCCGGCUUGUCUACAGGAGAAGAUGUCUUUGAUAUCCUUGAUCCAUCCACUCAGUCACUUGCCUACCUCCAUAUAUUACACGCACAUAUCGAAGCUGCGCGAUCUGCUUCUAAAGCCUCUCCAGGAAGUCUUCCUCCAGCAGUUCUGUUUGGCGGAAGAUUAUGGCCGCGCAUCGUUGCCUUUGUCGAAGGCUUUGACCCCGUACAAGUCCGUUAUGCCGGCUCUCAGUUCCGAUUCGUUUUGGAGGUCGUGACCCGCGGAACUCAGCAGACUGGACAACCGUUGCAAGCCGUAACUCUCCUCCGAAGCGCCAUUCUUCGUCUUGAUCCCACCUCGUCGACCCUCACAUCAACACACCAUAAAUUCGUUCGCCUCUGCCUAACCUGCAAGGCAUUUCAGGAGGCUCUGCCAGUUCUCGAGAGAUCCAUCUACCACUUACCAGUCAGCAUCGACAAGGGUGCUGCUGCACGUGCAACCCGGUUCCUGUGUUCUGAGACUGAGUCAAGUGCGAGCUAUUUGAAUCCAGAUCAUGGCCUGACUCUGAAGCUGAGUUCUCGAGACUGCCUUGAAUACCAUCUCUAUGGCGGAAUGAUUUACAUGGGUCUGAAGCAAUGGGAGAGAGCAAUGUCGUUCCUUGAGGUUGUUCUGUUGGCACCUAGCACUAAUGUCACAAGCGCGAUCAUGGUAGAGGCAUACAAGAAAUGGGUCUUGGUCGGCUUGUUGUUGAGUGGAAGGGCACCCUCGCUGCCUAAGGGGAUGAAUAAGAAUAUGAUGCGCAACAUCCACGCUCUUGCAAAGCCCUAUAACUGCUUGGUGGAGGCAUUUACUUCCGGUCGCUUGUUUCGCUUGAAGGGUGAUAUAGAAGAAGGACAAUCGUUUUGGCUCAGCGACUGCAACUUUGGUUUAGUCCUUCAGGUCUAUGAUGCGUUCCGAAAGUUCUCGGUCUUGCGACUUGCGAACAUCUACGCUGCUUUGCCGCUCACCGAGGUUGCGCGUAGGACAUCACCUGACCCUUCAGAUCUCGUGGAAGCAGCCUCGUACAUUACAAGGCUUAUCGUUUCUGGUGAGCUGAAUGCCACGUUGACUCUACCUCAAGAUACAACAACUCCGGCGACCCUGAGAUUCUUGCCAUCCUCAUCAGUGCCGCGGACUGAGGCUGAUCUUCAUUAUGAUCUGACCGCGCAUAAGGCUGAGCUCGAAAUUAUCCUGAAGCAUCUACAAGACAGCGAUCAUCGACUGGAGAUCAGCAAGGAGUACAUUGACAAGUUGCGUGUCAUGAAGAAGCAAAAGGAGCAGGAAACGAAGGCGGGAGUUUCGGGUGGACAAGUCAUGUCGGAUUUUGACGAAGAUGUAAUGGCUGACCUAUGA